UUCACCAAGCUGUGCCCAAUUUGUAAAAAAUAAGAAUGCAGAAGAGUUUUAGCAAGAAUUUCCUGAUGCGUCGCGAUGUAUUAUCGAGAACCACUACGUCGAUGACAUGCUGGACUAAACGUUAUGAAUCAGCAAAUAAAUAUUGGGAAUUUUCGUAAUCCAUAUUGAUUUUACUAAAAUGAAUACCAAUAACUUGCAGCAAUGGUGGGAAAGCACGUAUCGCCAUCACCAGCUAAAAAAUGUUUUCAAUCCUAACGACUUGAAAAGCGGCGAUUCAACGAAAUUAGAUCUGUUACAACAGAUCGGUAGUAAUGAUUAUGGCGCUGUUAUAAAUUAUACUUUAAAAGAUUACUCACAUACCGAGAGUGAAGAGAAUACCAUAUCUUCUAUGACAUUUAUUGUUAUGGUCAUUUUGUUUGGAAUUGUAGUAUUUGGUGGGGUACUGGGUAAUGCAACUUUAAUUCUCACACUAUGUUCAGCUUCAUCAAUACGCUUGCGUAAUCCCCUACUUAUGGCUGCUUGUUUCGCAGACUUAAUGGUAACGGGAAUAUCUGCACCGAUCACUAUUUUAAACGUAUCCUUGAAUCAGAAGACUAUCACUUUAUCAAUAAUUAUUUGCAAAAUCAUUCAUUUUGUGCAGAUUAUGCCAGUUGCUGCCAGUACAAUUUCAUUUUUUAUGCUUUCAUUAGACCGCUAUGCUACCGUGCGCCACCCAUGCUUGGCACGAUUACGACAACGUCGAUAUCUGCAUGUGUCUUUAGCCCUUUUAUCCUGGAUUUUAUCAGCUACAAUUAGUUUGCCAUUUUUAUUUUCGUACAGAAUAUUGGCAAAAAGUGCAAAAUCUGAGAAUGAAGAUAACAAGCAAUAUCUAAUAUCUUCCGAGACUUCAUCGGGAAUUACGGAAUAUACCAAGUUUAAAGCAAGCUCACAUUCAAACACAGUUUCCACGAACUUUAGAAUCACUUGCAUUUCUGAGCUCGAUGCUAGUACUAUUUUCAUUCCGUUUAUUAUCUUUCAUACUUUUGCGGUGUUCAUUAUACCAGGAUUUGGUGUAUUGUUGAAUCAUUAUGGUGUACGUCAAAAAUUGUGCGCACUAUCCUUGACAGCGCGCGCAGCUCACGGUGAAUUACCGCUGCCUAUGCCAAUUCUCCGACGGCAAACUCAUAUGGUGAUUGUAACUGGAAUAGCUAACGCUCAACAAGCAGGUGGAUGUACCACCGAUGAUACAUCUAAUGAGCCCGACAUACAAAUGCAAAGUUUGAAUCCCAGUUCUGUUGUGGGCCGAGGUCACAAUUACGUGAAGUCGUCCAACCCCAUAUCGCCAAGAGCGAUGCGUGAAAUCCGAGCUCAUUCACAACGCCAACGAAUAAACCAAAAUCAAGGUGCCCUUGGACCUGCAGCACCUGGUAUACCAUUGCCGCGGACUUCUACAUUACACUCACGGCGACGUUUGGCCAAUGUCCUCAUUGCAUCAGCGCUAAUAUUCAUUAUUUGCUGGUUUCCGCACGUAUUUUGCAUAUUGUACACUAAUUCUGGUUAUCAACAUUAUUGUUCCAAUACAUCAAAAUACUUUCAUUUACUAUUGGGUUAUUCAUAUUCUGCUAUAAGCCCUAUCAUUUAUUGGAUUCUAAACCACAACUCGUUGAAACAAUCUCCCUGCGCACCAAUUAUACGCCUCCGCUCUAUGCAGAAUUUCCUACGAACACGUUUACGUUCCAAUACAGUACCACCGCCACCGUCUUCCACUAAUGAAGCUGCUCUUGGCGCUUUUAAUCCGAAAUUGAUUAGACUUACUCCAAAGCAAUACAGAGCUCAGGCAUCUUCUCAUUAUCUCUACUAAAAAGUCUGAUAUUUUCUAAUUGAGCCUUUUGAAUCAUAAUCUUAGUUAACUUACUUAAUGUGACUAAUGAGAAAAAAUGUUAUUAACAUUAUAAUUUUCACUGCGUACAUAAAUACUUGUACACAAUAAACGGAUACACUUCAACUCAAUUAAUAUCGAAAAUCAGUUACGAAUAAGCUACAAAGAGGGCUUGAAACUUACGCAUAAUUUGUAACAUCUUGCCAUUAAAACUAUUAUGUAAUACUUAGUAUCUAAUGUCAAAGGACAAAUGCGGAAAGAACGGCUCAAAUAAUUCAGUCACGAAAUUAAUUCUUAAAUGUUGUUGGUAGUCGAUUCAAGUAGUUGGUUACGUUAGCAAUAUUCGCUGGAAGAACAUGCAAAGAAAAGCAAAUUUCACACUAUUAAGAUUAAGCUUAAAAAUAUUUCCUUUUUAAAAAAAGGAACUGUGAAAGUAUAUGCUAUUCAAGAACUUAAGAGUUUUAUAAUUUUAUCACAUCGCAAAUGAUUUACCGUUGCUGAAAAAACCAACAACAUAAGGAACAAUUCGACACGUCUUGGUUACAGGAAAGAUACUUCUAUAGCCAUCGUAGGUUAGAAAGAGAAAAAACAUCAGUUCAGCCUCUAAUAGAAACUUUAAGCAUGGAGCAACCGAUAAAUUUAGAGGUCUUCCAGUACUAGCAGGUAAACAAGUACUUUACACUUUGCGAUUUCUCGGUUGGAUUGUCCAUCAAAGUGACAAUGAGAAUCUGCUUGGUUGUUCAGAAGGUACUGUUGGAAGGAUAAUCAAAGAUGAAACAUUCGACUCGCUUCUGCCGUACAUAUUCAUUACUCAAAUAAUGAUAUACAUUUAAAUUAAUUUAACAAGUUAACUAAUUUUCAUAAACCGAAUAUAAUAUAUAAUUUCACAUACAGAGA